UCAGUUCGGUCGACAAUGUGACGAACGAACGCAGCAUGUAAGGUAUGCUUGCAAAUUUUUCAUCUAUCAAAUCAAGUAUACAGUAUCAUAAGUUUCUUUUUGUAAGAGAAAACAUUGGAAAUAUUUGAUAUGUGAAAUCGAAUUAAAUCUGUGCACGAAGGUGAAUGAGUAAAAGUGAAGAUCAUAUCAUCAUCGAUUUCUUUGGACACUCGAGUCUGCAAUCGCUGAUACGUAAUAUUUCAACCAGUUACAGCGCCAACCACGUGAUUUCCCUGAUACGAGUAGGCGCUUAAUUCAAACAAGAUAGAGGAACUUACAUUGAAUCGAUUUGAUAUGGAAAAAGAAAGAGAUAGAUAAGAAAUUUUUCUCUUACUGCAUAAGUGCAAAGUAGAAAAAAAAUAGAGCUUGUUUUAUCUUGCUCUUAAUUUGGAAAAUAAAUGUAACGUGAGAUCUCGAAAAAAAAUUUGAAAACGAAAUACGCUAAUCGCGAAUUUGACUUCGAGGCGCAUCGCGAAUGAUAAGCGAUGAUAAAAUAAAGCAAUUGUAACGUAUUGAACCAACGUAUUGAACCAAAUACGAGAAACAACGUUUUUGUGCAAUCUAAUACAGCGAGAUAGUAGUCGUGUUCGAUAAGGGGAACUAAACGAUAGAGUGAGAGUACAAGUUGAUUGGUCAAUUGCGAUCACAAGGAGUCAAUAUGUCGGUUUUCGUUCAUAGAGCGAUGCUCAGUCGCUUCUACAAGCUUGCAACAACGAGCGUGUCAUCGCACGCGUGCAUUGUUACGAUCGUUAAUAGAAUGAUGUCUGGAUGCCAGAGUGAGAAAGUCGUCCCUAAGGAUGAAGUCAUUAGAUUUAUCCAGGAUUGCAUGUACAAAGCCGGAACCACGCUGGAAGACGCGUACACCGUUGGUCAUCAUUUGAUGAUAGCAGACUAUAGAGGUCAUUUUAGCCAUGGGAUGAAUCGGAUGCAGAUGUACGUGAAAGAUAUUGAGAAUAGAAUCACCGAUCCUACCGCCCGACCGCAGAUUAUCACCGAUUUCCAGGCAAUAGCUCUCGUAGAUGGAAAAAACGCGCUGGGCCAAGUGGUCGGUAAAUAUUGUAUGGAGCUCGCCAUAGAAAAGGCCAAGAAAUUCGGCAUCGGCAUGGUGACAACACGCGGCUCCAAUCACUUUGGUAUUUGCGGCUACUACACCAUGAUGGCGAUGGAGCAAGGCCUGAUCGGCUUCAAUUGCACCAACACAAGUCCAUUGAUGGCUCCGACGCGCAGCGUGAAAGCCGGUCUAGGGACGAAUCCAUUGUCCUUGGGUAUGGCUACGGGCGAUGGCGACGAAUUCGUUCUUGAUAUGGCGACCACGGCCGUCGCCGUGGGUAAAAUCGAGCUAGCCAUUCGGAAGGGCGAAGAUAUCCCCGAAGGCUGGGCGCUCGAUUCUGAUGGAAACGUGACCCGCGAUGCCGAAGAGGCUUUCGAAGCUUCUCUACUGAUGCCUCUCGGCGGCUCAGAAAGGAAUUCCGGAUACAAGGGUUAUGGUUUAGCCCUGAUGGUCGAAAUACUCUGUGGUAUUCUCAGCGGGAGUCAAUUCGGACCGAAUAUUCGUCCUUGGAAGACCGGCAACGAUCAGAUCGCUGAUGUCGGACAUUGUUUUAUGGCCAUUAAUCCGGAAGCUUUCGCGAGCGGCUCAAAGGAAAGAUUGUCGACUUUGCUUAAACAGCUGAGAAACUUACCCGUUGCCGGCGAGGAACCCGUCCUGAUCGCCGGCGAUCCUGAAAGAUUGCAUAUGAAGCAGGUCGAUAGAGAGGGUGGUAUCACGUAUCAUCCAAAUCAGCUCAAGGCCUCGGAAGAAUUCGCUAAACAUAUGAGUGUACGGCCGAUGAAACUCGUUCCUAAAUCUGUUUAAUUUUAUAAAUAGAAAUAUUAAAAAUUAAUUAAUUUCAUUUUGUUUCUUAUAUUUUCUUAUUGUUUAAAUUUUUCUUAUAUGAAUAUGAAAGGUAAUCGGAAGUUAAUAAAUGCCGAUUUGUAUCCAGUUAAUAAUCAUUAAUCGUCGUUAAUACUGAAUACAAAGAUUUUUACGAUAUAUUUUUUGAUACCGUUUUAUUUG